AUGAUACGCACCAUUCCAGAUGUUGAACAUACGGAUCUCAGCAAGCUUUGUGAAGCUGUGCAUUCGUACUCUAAAAAGCAUGGACAGCUGAAGAAAGCCAUAUCUCGAAUGAUACAGCUAGCUAUGCUGUUUUUACAGAGCCCUGAUACCACAGACAUGCAGGCACCGGCGUCUUUCUACGCUGUUCUUGGCAAGGACUCGCUGCAGACAGCACUAAAAGACGAGCCAAUGGGCGACUCUGCCGCAACAGAGUCGAUGGCUGUAGAUGAUGGCGGCAACUCAAAGGCGUCUCAAGGCGACAAAGCAUCCGGUGACAAGGUCGAAGAGGACCGUGAAGGGAAAGAAGACGAUCGCAUCACCGCACUUUUGCAGCAUGCAAAAGCUAUUGGAGACAAGUCGCUUGAUGAUGCAGCCAAGAUGAAACUUAUGGUGACAUUGCGUGAGCUGACAGAGGGCAAGGUGUUUCUUGAAGUCGAGCGUGCACGCGUGAGUCGGUCGAUGUCUGAUAUGCUGUACGCACAGGGUGAUGUCAACAAGGCUGCAGAGACGUUACAAGACCUUGCUGUCGAGACGUUUGGAAGCCUAGGCCGCCGUGAGAAAGUGGAAUUUAUUCUUGAGCAGAUGCGACUCAAUUUGGAGCGGGGUGAUAUGAGUCGCGUUAACAUGCUGAGUCGUAAGAUCAAUGUUAAGUUCUUUGAAGACGAAGCACAGCAGGAUCUAAAGCUCCUAUAUUACGACAUCAUGGUCAAAGUGGGCAUGCACGAUGGAAAGUACCUUGAUGUUUGCAAAUAUUAUCGAGAAGUGCUCAACACACCUAGCAUUCGUGCUGAUCAAGAUAAGUUCAGAGAUGCUCUUCGACACGUGGUGAUUUUCCUUGUACUGGCGCCAUUUGAUCAUGAGCAACGUGACCUGCUUGGUCGCGUUGACUCUAUAGAACCACUUGACUCUGUGCCUGAGUACAAGAACUUGCUCAAGUGCUUUACCACGCCGGAACUCAUGCGUUGGCCUGGUAUUGAGGCAUUGUAUGGCCCCAUGCUGCGUCAACUGCCUGUGUUUUCUGGCAGCGCAGCGGCCGAAGAGCGUUGGAAACAGCUUCACACGCGUGUUGUCGCGUACAAUAUUCAAGUCAUUGCGAAAUAUUAUACGAAAAUCCGUUUGGACCGCCUCGCACAACUGCUUGAUUUAUCUAUCGAACAAGCUGAAGAGGCGUUGGCUAAUCUUGUCGUCAACAAAACAACACAUGCGCGUAUCGACCGACCUGCUCAGAUCGUAAGCUUCCAAGCGCCUUUGUCAGAUGCCGAGGUCCUGAACCACUGGAGUGGUGAUAUGUCGAAGCUUCUGCAGACUGUGGAGAAAGUCUCUCAUCUUGUGGAAAAGGAAUGGGCCAUUCAACGUGCUGGACUCGUCGUCAAGGCCAAUGACUAA